AGAAAGAAAAUGGAAUCCUGAGAUCGUACUUAGUGAAAUCGAUCGUUUUUGCUGUACUUCUUAGAAAAAAACAGUCGUCUCGUCUGGUCAUAUUGGUGCUUACAUCCCCGAUCAGCAAGUGGAUCUUACUGAAAGUUGGAGAGCAUCUUGUAGAACAACCUUCUUCCCUCCUAGAUCAAUGGAAGGGUCUGACAAUGUUGAGCAGGGUGGCAGUGACCAGCCAGAGUCACAGCGCAGAAGGCAGCUGGAUCGCCUGGACAGAGAAGAAGCCUUCUACCAGUUUGUCAACAAUCUCAGUGACGAGGACUAUCGUCUCAUGAGAGAUAACAACCUUUUGGGAAAUCCAGGAGAGGUGACCGAAGAUGAAUUGUUUAGUAGACUACAACAAAUCAAAGAUGGUCCGGAGCAACAGAAUAAUAACCCAAGCACUGAAAGUCAGGAAGAUCAAGUUGAACAACCGGAGAGCUCUGAAGACCCUCCUGGCGGUGAUAGCCUCUUGGACUGGCUAAACACAGUGCGCCGCACCGGCAACACAACCAGAACUGGUCAUCGUGGAAACCAGUCAUGGCGGGCUGUCAGCCAGACCAACCCAAACAGUGGUGAUUUUCGCUUCAGUUUGGAGAUAAGCGUGAACCGCAAUCUGGCUGAACAGCAAGCAGCUGCUGAAGGGGAGCAGGAGCCCGCUGAGCAGUCCCCUGAAGUUCCUCCAGAAGUUGUUGCAAAUCCUGAACCACCAGUACCUAUGGAGACAGACGUAGUGGAAGAACAGGUUGUAGAAGAACUUGCUGUCAUUGUGGAGCCAGAACCUGAACCUGAACCUGAACCAGAACCUGAACCAGAACCUGAACCUGAACCAGAACCAGAACCUGAACCAGAACCUGAACCUGAGCUAGAAGAGGCUGUUUUGCCAGAGGUUGAGAGGGAACCUCCCAGCCCAGCUGCAGCUCCGCCAGAACAAGCUCCACCUUGUUCUUCUCCACGUAGAGGACAAAGACGAGCCCGCAGCCGUAGCCCAGAACCACGCAGGACUAGGGCCAGGUUAGCCAGAAGUCGCUCUCCACUCAGUUUGGAUCAGCUUGAUGGUCUACCUAAUCCACGACAUCCAUACACCUCGAUAAGCCCCAGUUCUUCCACAGAUGCCCCCUCUGUUCCUCAAGUAGAGGGCAGUUCUCGGACUCGACAACAUAUACUUUCAAGGCAAAAUCUGGUUGACGGUGAUUUUGGUCCGCCACCCAGGGCUGAGGCCGAACUGGUACCAGAGGGCCAGCCCGUUGGAUCUCAGGAAAGCGAGUCUACUGGGGUUGAAGGAGGUGCAGCAGGACGACGUCCCCCAACUAUAAUGCUCGAUCUCCAGGUGCGUCGCGUGCGGCCAGGCGAAUAUCGACAAAGGGACAGCAUCGCCAGCCGGACCCGGUCGCGCUCCCAGAACUCCAACAACACAUUUCUUUACGAGAGUGAGCGUGGUGGGUUUCGCAGGACCUUCUCGCGCUCUGAGCGUGCUGGUGUGAGGACCUACGUCAGCACUAUUCGAAUCCCUAUUCGAAGAAUUUCAGACGCAGGUUUGGGAGAAGCAACCUCCAUGGCUCUGCAGUCUAUGAUCAGGCAAAUCAUGACAGGCUUUGGUGAACUAGGCUACCUCAUGGAUUCAGACUCGGAUUCUUCAGAUUCAACCCGUGGAACCAGCACGCCUGCAGACUUGGAAACCCUCAACAAUCCAGAGGCAAAUAACGUGGACGCCCCUGCUGCUGAUGUCGAUGAACAACCGGUGGCUGCCGGAGUCAGGGGGAGGACAGUUGAGACUGAAGCGGACGAGGGCCUUGCCACUGGGCCUCAGGGUUCUGGUGGCAGGGCUCGACCCAGACCCCCCAUCAACCUAGAGGAGCCCAGCUCAUUGCCCUUCCUUCGACUCGCUCACUUCUUCCUUUUGAACGACGACGACGACGACCAGCCUCAGGGGCUGACCAAAGAACAGAUCGACAACCUCUCCAUGCGCAGCUUUGGGGAGAGUGACGCUUUGAAGACCUGCAGCGUCUGCAUAACGGAGUACGCUGAGGGCAACAAACUGCGCAAGCUUCCCUGUUCCCACGAAUACCACGUGCACUGCAUUGACCGCUGGCUGUCUGAAAACUCCACGUGUCCCAUCUGCCGCAGAGCUGUCCUAGUGUCAGCCAACCGAGAGAGUGUCAUAUGAGUUUUAAAAGACGACAAGGCCCCACCCCCAAACUAAGAAAUAAACUCAAAUUAAAUGUUUUGAACAGAUGUUUCCACAGCUGGUUUUGUUUUUACAUUAAUGAUGGUAACAUUACAGGUUUAAUACGGGGUACUUCAUCUUUUGACAUCAAGACAUAUUCUCUCUAGUUCGAUCUUCACUGCUGCUUUAGAUCAAGCAGAGCAUGCUGUCGAUUAAUGAAAGCAACGCCGCCUGCUCUUACUGAUGGAUGCUGCACACCUUCCAGCUAGUUCAGAGAUCUGUUUUUGUCUUAAACCCCAAGUAGCACCUGCAACAUGUUUUAAGUUGAACUUAGAGGCACAGUUUUUAAGUAACACCAGUUCAAAGUAUUAGCUGUAAAUAUGCUUGUAAAAAUAAUUGCAACUCUUUCUUUGUAUCAGUAAAUUGGUUUUGGAUUGUAAAUGACCCG